GACUGCGCAACUCCACAGGCUGGUCCAGAGGGCACGCAGGUCGCCGACGAGGCCGCCUUUAUCGAGGGCGAUACGAAUGGCAUCGACGGCGAUUGGGCGCACCGGGAGGCUCUUGGGCAGCGAAUGGAAGAUUUCGACCAGCCCAAGCAGACACACUUCCAGCAGACCUUGGAGAAGGUUUUCGCGCGCAUGCCCGUGAUGAAAGAGCUGGCGCUCGUGAGCGCACUGAAGUCCUACGCGGGUCGCCACGGCGGCGUGGUGACGCGAGCGUCGGCGUGCACGGGCAUGGGCAUCAAGGCGAAGAUCGACCCCGUCUUGGAACAGUUCUUGCAGCGCACCUAUGACAUAGGGCUCUGCAGCGUGCAUCCGUUGCGGUCCGAGCUGAAUCCCAGGAAGCGGGCGUUCAUCAGGCAGCAGUUCGCGGACGCCACCUUCAUCGUGGGCGACAUGGCGGGGCUGCAGAAAGACAAGGCCUUCGAUACCGUGUCUGGGGCCGACCGGGUGGUGCCCCACUUCGUCAGCAUCGACAUCGGCUUCCCCUGCGUCAGCCGCUGCCCCUUGAGCGUCAAGUGCCGCGAGAACCUGAACUGCUGCCAGACGAAUUCGGCUGCGACUGGGAAGGCCGUGAAUUGCAUUUUCAAGAUCAUCGAGCAGAAUUGGCCCGAGGAGAUCAUGUUGGAGUGCAUCACCCAGUUGCUUCAGGUAGGCGACGGCUGCACCACCUCAGACGCUGAAUGGAUAACCCAGCAGGUGACGGCCAGGGGCUACUGGUGCAUCCAUACCGUGGUGCAGGCAUCGCAGCAGGGGUCUCCAGUGCCACGCGAGCGCAUCUAUUGGGUAGCUAUCAAGGACAUCCCCAAGGAGAAGUACGAGGAGGCUAGCCAUUUCUUCUUGGAGGUCCUGCACAGCUUCAACAUCGGGGAGAUGACAGUCGACGAGUGCACCAACACAUUCCUCUACAUGGACGAUGGGGAUAGGGAGACGGUGUCCAGGAUGUGCGGCUUGCCCACGUACGCGGGCACGGGCCCCAUGAUCAGCCAGGCGAAGGGUGUGAAGGCAACCGCCCCCGACUACAAGACGGACCACCACGAGAUUUUCACUGCGAGUCAUUAUGCGUGGCCUGUCGACUGGGAGCAGUUCGGUCAGACUGUAUUGCCAGAUGGUCUUUAUCAGCGUGAGCGGGAGUCCCUGUACUUCUUGCACAAGAGGUUCCCCUUUGAUUGCGCGCACAAGGCAGAGUUCGUGGAGAUCAACACCUCGCUCCCGCGGCUGCUUCAAAGUUGCGUGGACAUGGAUUCGGACUACACGUCGUUCAAGAAGAGCCCGUGGAGAACUACUCCUGGCACGUUGGUUGGCAGCGGGAAGGUUGCAGUGAGGUAUAUUAAGCCUGGGUCUUCGCCAACUGUGUGCAUUGCGCGGCUGCUGGAGCCCUUGGAGUACUUGCUGUGUGUCGGGUGGAGUGAAAACUUCCGUGCGCAUCACUACUUCGAUUUGCAGAAGAUCGGCGACCUCGACCUCGACCCCAAGCUGAACCAGGCCACAUACGCGGACCUCAUCGGAGAUAUGGCGGGGAACGCGUGGUCGGCCUACUCGUACGCGGCAGCUCAGAUCGCCCGGAUGGCGGUGUCUGGGAAGUACCUCAGCCAGGAGACCAUCGUCAUCGACGCAGACAGCCAGCAGCCCGGCCAGGCCCAGGACACCCAGGCCCCAGACAACGGAGGGGGGGUGGUCGACGAGAGCAGCUCCGAG